AUGGAGGGUUCGUCUUACACCUGGAUAGAUGAAAUUCUGGGGCUGAGCGGGCGUGAGUCAUUCCACAUAGACCCGGCCUGGGACUUUUCCGAUGGCGGACACUUCUCUGUUACGCCUCAAAAUGAUACUGCCACACUUGCCGAUGACCUCGACACUGAGCUGCCUCACCCGAAAGUUCCCAUUCCCCGAGAUUCGAAGCCAAGAAAUUGGACCAGAGGUCGAGUCAGCCGAGCAUGCGAAAACUGCCAUGAGCAAAAAGCGAAGUGCAGCGGACAACGGCCCACAUGCGAUCGAUGUCAACAAGCAAAUGUGCAGUGCUCCUACGGGGAUCGGAAGCGAGAGAGAAUGUUGAAGCAAGUAGCGGAUCUAACCUCACGCGCUGAGGCGUACGAGAAAGUCCUUCGCGCAAUUCACCCACGACUCGACACCCCGUCAGCACAACUUGUUGAACGGACGUUGAACGAACUCUCUAGCAACGCCCAGAAAACACAAAUUUCACCGCGGCUUACAUACGGGGCAAUCUUUCCAAUCGGGGCUAUGGAUCACACGAACGAAGAUCUGAAUAAUGAUUCAAGGCUUCAGUCCAUGGGGCUUACAGGACAACUGUCAGAAAUGGCCAGUUUCCAUCGACUAGGAUGCCGGCUAGUCCAAGAUCCUUCGCGUGCUCCUGUUGCCCAUGACGAAUUGCCAUCAAUCACAUCAAUGAACUACUUUCUCGACGACGCUGACCUUCCAGUUCUUGACAAAGUCGAUCUGAUGCAUUGGCCUCCGCGGUUGAUAGCUGAUCGUCUAGUUCAUCGAUUUUUCAAUGCCAUACAUCCACUGUUUCCCGUCAUUGGAAGAAUGGGCUUUCUGGAGCAAUACACACGAUUCUAUUCUAUCUGGAAUGCCCGCCCGAGAAGGAGAUGGCGCACUGUCUUGAAUUUGAUUUUCGCUGUUGCUCAAAUAGAUGAAAGCCUGGAGCAAAAUCAGUCCUUAACCGACUCUGAUGGGCAUUUGGUAUACUUUUUAAGGGCAUGGCAGCUGAAUGGGGCCAGUUCACAAUCGCUAGAGCAUCCAGACCUCCAGCAGGUACAGAUUGAAGGAUUGCUGGCAUUUUACAUGUUUUCGACCGGUCAUCUCAAUCGGUCAUGGCGACUCAUCGGUAUUGCAAUCCGCUCGGCCCUCGCAAUGGGCAUCCAUCUUCGGAGCGAUACAAGAAAUGUCACGCCAUUGUCAAAAGAGACUAGAUACAGGUUAUGGUGGGCCUUGGUUAUGUUGGAGACGGUACUGUGCGUGAUGACGGGACGUCCACCUAGUACAAGUGCCAAUUUCUGCACAACUCCUCUUCCAGUGCCAUUUGGCGAGGAAGACUUUGGGGACCAGCGCGUUGCCCAGUUCUUCAAAGACCGGAAAGCUAGAAGCAUUGCGGAGAUGUUACAUUUGUCCAACGACUUGACGCCCUCACAGGACGAUGACGCACGGCCACCACAAUUGGAGUCACAAAAGAAGGAAGAAAUGAAGCUGCGCAGGAAAAGCAAUUCUUUAAAUGCCGACCAUCCACUAUACCUGCUACACGCGGUUAAUCUGACGCUCAUCAUGCGGGAAACGAUUGCCACGCUGUACGCUCCGACCUCUGUACAACGAUCAUGGCGCGGUAUCGAAAUCGCGCUUACAUUGCUCAACAAUAAUGCCGACAAAUGGCACUCACAUCUCCCAUCUGAGUUGCAAUUUAACGAUAUCCGUACAGAUGGACCUUUCACGCGUCAACGCACCCAUCUGGCCUUUCACUUUUUCUCCCUCAAGCUCGUGAUCUGUCAACCUUGUCUUGGCCCUCUGAAGAUGCCGUCUGAAGCGAGCUCUCUUGGCAAUUUGUGCGAAAGUAUGGCCGCUAUAUGCGUUAGAAUGGGCAUUCUCAUGAUUGACGUUCUUCCUGAUUCACCAGAGCUGAAGUACAUGGAAAGCCUUCCACCAUGGUCAUAUGUACUUCAUUAUCUGAUGCAGUCAGUUUCUGUGCUUCUUAUGCGGCUACUUGCAAGAAAUAGAGUAGAGGAUGAAGAGACUGCUGGUAUAGUUAAAAGUCUGGAGAAGGCCAUCCGGUGGCUCAAAUUUACGUCGGCUAGACAUCCUCCUUCCAAGCGAGCUUGGUCUAUCUGCGUGGAUCUCCUCGACAGUCAUGGCCCAAAAAUAGAUUUAGACAAAGACAAAGACGAAUCUUCGUGA